CAAUAGGAGAGCAGACCAGUGUAGUGGGCGGGAACAAGCACGUAAACACUAGCAAGUCUCCUUCGUUCAUUCACUGCUGCUAGCUAAAACUUUGCCUGUUAGCUCUUCCGGUUGUCCUCCCGAACUUUGGACCUUUCAGUUGGGACUGACAUGGCCGGCUUCGCCCUGAGGAGCACCGCUGCGUGGCGUUUUGUCCGGCUGAGCAGUUUACUCAGGUCCAGUGUUUCCGUUCUGGGGCUCCAUACCACAUCAUCUCCUCUGAUGGCGGCGACAGUGGAGCAGUUUGAGGAGGCAAAGAGCAAACUGUCCACGUUGAAGAAAGAUCCGGGCAACGAGGUCAAGCUGAAGAUCUACGCUCUCUUUAAACAAGCCACUCAGGGUCCUUGUAACACCCCUAAACCAGGAAUGCUGGACUUUGUCAAUAAGGCCAAGUGGGACGCCUGGAAGUCUCUGGGCUCCAUAUCGCAGGAUGAAGCCAGGGAGAAGUACUGUGACCUGAUUGGCUCCCUGCUGACAGCUGAGGGUCGAGGCUCCGCCCAGGUGGCUGCAAAGCCUGCGGGAGGCGGAGCGUCAUACGAGACGCUGUUGGUCUCGACGGAGGACGGCAUCACCACGAUCAAACUGAACCGUCCGGCCAAAAAGAAUGCCAUCACCACCGAGAUGUACGACGAGAUCAUUGCGGCUCUGGAGCAGGCGGCCAAAGACGACUGCGUCAUCACUGUCUUCACCGGUGCUGGAGACUUCUACUGCAGCGGGAACGACCUCACCAAUUUCACCAAAAUCCCAGAGGAUGGUGUGGAGGCCAUGGCCCGGAGCGCCGGAGAUCUGCUCAGGAAGUAUGUGAAGGCUUACAUCGACUUCCCCAAGCCGCUGGUCGCCGUAGUGAACGGACCGGCAGUGGGUGUGUCCGUCACCGUGCUAGGACUGUUUGACCUGGUUUACGCUACAGAGAGGGCCACCUUCCACACCCCCUUCAGCCAGCUGGGCCAGAGUGCUGAGGGAUGCUCCUCCUACACCUUCCCCAAGAUGAUGGGCCACGCCAAGGCCUCUGAGAUGCUGCUGUUCAACAAGAAGCUGACGGCGGCUCAGGCCUGCAGUCUGGGCCUGGUCACCGAGGUGUUCCCCGACAGCAGCUUCCAGUCCGAGGUGUGGAGCAGGCUGAAGGCCUACGCCCAGCUGCCUCGCAACUCUCUGGCUCUGUCCAAACAGCUGAUCCGCUCCCUAGAGAAGGAGCAGCUGUACGCCGUCAAUGACGCAGAGGUGGAGCGCCUCAUGGAGCGCUGGACGUCGGACGAGUGCUUCAACGCCAUCAUGAGCUUCUUCCAGGCAAAGUCCAAGCUCUGAUGACCCCCCACGCCUGCUGCUGUCAGUUCUUCACAUCCCUCACAAGUGAAGAAGUCAUUGACAGGAGUCUUCAUGGAGGCAUUCAGGUGUCGUUAUUAUUAUUCAGUCUGAAUGCAGUUUAAAGAUCUGCAGGUUUCAGAAGUAUCGGUUGGCUGAAAAGAACAUUUCCUUAAACUCAUUGAAGUGUCCUUUUGUAAUAUUUUUUUAGGAAAAAAUACACUAGUCAGGUACUUUUUUCAUUUUUAGUCAAUAAUAUAAUGCCAUAAUAUAGUAAUAAUCAAUUUUAAAGCCCCACUCCCAUCGUCUUUUGAUCUACUUCAAAAGAGCUCCCUGUGGUCUUUUAAUUACUAUUAUGCUGUUUUUGGGAAUAUUUUUCUUUUCUAGAACAUACUUUCUGCAGAGCGGCAGGAAUUCCUUUGAAAUUCAUGUCUGAGUUGUGGGCAGGACUGUUGGCGCAGAGCAACCCCGCCCCCACUUACCAUCGCCCAUCUAUUUACACUCUUCCACUGUCUUACGACCCCAACCUAACAUGACCGGUUCAACAGAAAUCGGUGAUAUUGGAGCUAUCCAGCUGUACAGUUUAGAUCCAGAUUCAAAACAAAGACGUUCAUUGAUCUAUUUGUCUGUAAGUCGAUCAACCUUCUCACAAAUAAGCUCGUUAUCAAAACUGCACAAUAAUUUAAAUUAAGAAGUACUCAGAAAUGCAUUUUUAAGCUACAUUUUUUUCAUGUGUAUGUCCUCCAUAGUCAGAGAAAUGCCAUAAAAACACAUAAAAUCACCAUUUUCAUCGGCGUGGGUCUUUAAAUCACUGUAGUUCUCAGUUUCAGAGGUUAAUUUAGAUACAUUUGAAUGAAUUGGGGGUACAGUAUUUAAUGAAAACAUUCUACCUAAUGCAUAAACAUGCAAAUAUAGAUGUAAAAUAAGUUUAAGGAUCAAUACAAAGUUUCUGCCGGAAAGGUUGAGAUGUCUCCGGAUAAAUGGCUCUCCAGCUCCUGAAACAAACUUCUGCAGGUCUUCAUGUGAAGGCUGUAAGACGUCACCCCUGCUGCAGGUGAAGCUGCAGGGCUGUGAGCAUGGGUGAAAGGACACCUCGGGGUUUAUCUGUAAGGAAACAUCUGAGCCACGUUCUCGUCCAGCUUCUGUGGUGUUGACCACAGCAGGUCAUGAUGGGUUUGAACUCGGUGUUCCUCAUGGCUCAGUUUUGGGGUUUGUCCUCUUUUCGCUGUCAUACUGUGAUAUGUUGGCAAAAUAAAACCGUUUUAACUUCA